AUGUCAUCACUAGAAAUUCCACUCCCGUCUCAAGCCAACAUGUUUUCACAACUCCCGACAGAGCUCAUACUCGAUCAUGUGUGUCCCUAUUUUUCUGACAAUGGUUUACUACUUUAUUUCAGAUCGAUGAACAAAUUAUUUGAUCAUGUCAUUACGAGCAUUCAUGUAAAAACUCUACUUGUCAAGAAUCAUUUUGAAUAUCAAUUGAUACCUCCUGUUUCAUCAUUUUUAGAAUUGAUUCGUAAAUUACAAAAAUUGGAAUAUAUUUUGACAUCUAGUGUACAUACGAUCAAUUUUCUUCAAUGUCCUUUAAAAGAUUAUUUGGAACAAGUGUGUGAAGCUUGUCCAAAUUUGAAAAAAGUUGAACCAACUCUAUUUCAGCAAUAUAGUCAUUCCAAUAUGCAAGUGAUUACUAAAUAUUGUAAGAAUUAUGAAGUCAUUGAUUGUUACCAUGCUCGAGAUUUGCCCGAAAAUUCCAAUCGAUUUGCAAUAUUCAACUUGCAUCAGUGUGAAAACAUAGCAUUCAUUAAGAAUUUACAUCAUGUCUCGACUGUGAACAUUGAAUGCUGGAAUGAUACUGUCCCAUUACAAGAAUGGUUCAGUCACAUCAAUAAUGAAUUGGAAUUUCGAAUUUCACAUAACGCAUCCAUUGAAAAACAUUCUUUACCACUUCUUCCAGAAUCCACUCAUGUUGCAUUCACUCGAUAUCCAGAACAAGUGAUGAUUCAAACAAUAUUUCAAUAUUCUGCGUUUUUCAAUGAUUCUUUGAUUCAUUCUAGUGACUCGUUGAAUAUUCAUCCAAAUAUUUUCUUUUCCAUCCAUGUGGAGCACCGCAUUCGAUAUUUGAAAAUUGAAAUUUUGAGACAAUGUAAAACCAUCAUUCUCUCUGGUUCGUGUCAGGAUGUUCAGGAUGUUCUCAAUCAUGAUUACUUCCUUGAACAUGCUCCUCAUUUAGAAGAACUCGAUUUGAGUGCCUUAUUUAUCGACUGGUUUGAACCAAGACCACAUCAAGAACAUGGUGCGAAACCAAUCACACACUCGAAAAAGAGGAGCACACCCAUACUAGAGAGUCCUUGUAUGAAACAGAAUUUAGAAUUAGCCAUUCAGUAUCGAAUCAAGUUGGUGGAAUUGAUGACUCGAUGUGAGAGCUUGCAACGCGUUCGAAUUGGUAUUCCAAUCACUGUUUUGAUCACAUGUGGACCAUUAUUGAAAGAUAGUUUGUGUCAUGAAAAUUUGGAUCGAAUGAUCAAAUUGGAUUGGAUUCCUAGAAAUGAGUUUUAUGCAGUGGUGAAUUCUGAGAGUCGAUGUCCACAUGUAUUGUUGAAGAGAAGAAGAAAGUAA